AUGCCAGAUACAACACAUUUGAUAAAAACAAUAGAACAAAACUUAUUACUUCCGAAACAAUUAUUUUCCUGUGAAUUUAAUCAACAACUUGGCCAUUAUAUAUAUGGUCUCGGUUAUUGUAUUGUGGAAGAUUGUUCAAUUUUAACUUGCGGUUGCUGCAUAGCUGAGUCUUUAUACUACGAUAUUAUUAAAAUAACAAAAAAUGAUCUAAUACAUUGUCCAUUAUGCAACAAACAAAACGUAUCCAUUGUAGGUCCAGUGAAACCUUUACGUAACAUAUACUUACAAAUACAAUCGUUCAAAGAUGACAUAGAGGAAAAAAUUACUGCUGAUAGGAUUAAUUAUGAGGAAUCACUAAAUAGUCAGAGCACAGUAAAUAAAAAUGCAAAUCUAGUGACAAAUGCUAGCAUUGUUAACUGUCCGGACUAUGAUAGUCAAUCACAAAAUAUAUCGACUGAUCCAGUAAAUAAGAAAGUUGACAGCACUGCUAGUAGCCCUUUUUUAUCCUUUCCUUCGAUUAAAUAUAAUGAAGUGGUACAACAAAGAGCUAUACUAAAUCUAUCAUCUAGAGAUAUAAACAGGAAUCAAAUAAAUUUAAUAAAUCUAUUUUACAAGAUUGCAUCAGAAGUAAAUUCACAAGAACAAAUCAAUAAAAAUGUUUCUAAUAGAGAGUUAGAGGAUAUCCCAUUAGAUAACUCUCUAGAUUCAAACAAUACACAAAGAGAUAUAGUUAAUAACCAGGAUAAGAAGUCUGAUUAUCUUUCAGAGAAUGCUAGUUUAACUAAUAAUUCAAAUACAAUAAUUGCAAGUCAGUUGUCCCAAGAAUCUGCAUAUGAUCAAUCCAAAGGGACUGGCAACACAACUGAUAACACAAAAGUACAACUAUCUGUACCUUUAGAUGAAAAAAAAGAAUAUUAUUUUGCAAAUUGUUUCCCAAUAUACAGAAAAAGAUACAUUUUUAAAACGCAUUCAAAAUUUUUAAAAACUAAAUCAAAAUUGUUUAUUAAUACAUCAAUAUCACCUGAUUGUUCGAAAUUUGCUUUAAUCUCUAAACAUAAAUGGGAAGUUUAUUCAAUACCACAAAAUGUAUACAAAAAUCCGCCAACAUUACUUUUCUGUGGGAGAAAUACAGGUGAAUAUGGUUCUGCUUUUGAUCAUUUAAAUCAAUUAGACUCUACCAUAUUAGGAGUAGAAAAAGAAAACAUAAUAUUUGGCGAAUACAUCUAUUGUAAGCUUUCUAAUAAUUUCUUAGUUAUUAGUGACAUUAAAAAUUCAAUUCAAGUAUUUGAUUUAAAUAAUAAUGGUAAAAUGAUUCAUUAUUAUAGUUCUAAAUAUUACAUAAGAUGCAUUGAUAUUGAUCCCUCUGGCACUAUAAUAGCUUGCGGUAUUGUAGGUAAAGAUAGAAAAACUAAUUCCGAACAAGCUCUAAUUACACUCCAUAGAAUAGGAAAAAAUAAUAUGAUUUCUCAGUAUGAUUUUCCAUCACCUAUUACAGUCGCUUUACCUUACAGAGACCCGAUAAAUACUAUACAGUUAUCAACAGAUGGACGAUAUUUAUCAUGUUCAACUACCAUGGAAUCUCGCUUCCUAAUUAUUUCCUUGAAAAAUGUAAAUGAACCUAGACUUAUUAUGAAGAGUUUAAGAUCAAUUGAUACAUCUUUAGAAUCUGAAGGCAUUACAGAUACAAAAUUGUUUCCUGGAAACCCCAGUUUAAUGUGUGUUACAUCCACAGCAUUCAAUUCACCUGCUAUUAUCGUAAACACAAAGAUUGAAGAUAUCAGUAAUUUAACUAGUGUUGCACAACCAACUUUACUCAAUAGAUUUUCUGAUUUGGGCUAUAAAAUCCAUAAAUGUGAAAUAUCAUCCAGAAAUGAUUCUAUAGCAUUCUUAGAUAAAAAUGGUUCGGUGUACUUAGUGUCAGCACCCACAAUAAUUGAUAACGAAAAGAGAAGAACUGUGGUUGUAGAAAUGGUUGCAGAUGCAUAUAGGGCACAUGAAUCUGCUUCAAUGAGAUUUAGCUGCGAUGGUUAUGUUUUAUAUAUCCUAGACAGAAAAGGUGUUCUCUAUGUCGAAGAUUUUGCCUAUGAUCUGCCGCAAAAUAACGAGAUCACCAAAUGCAAAGAAAUCACCUAA